AUGUUGUUUCUGUACAAUGACAUCUGUCCAAGAUUAUCUGCCCCCACUGCACUUGCUACCAAGUCAUACUAUCUGCUUCUGAAACCAUGGCUGCCUGUUGGGAGUGAAGAUGGUGGGGUGGUGAUGGACCUGGUGAAUGGGUCGAGUUUGGUGCUGGGGAUGGUAGAGAGGCAAGUGCUGAAGAAAUCAUCGAUGAAGGCACCUGGUCUGACCAGCAGAAACACAGGGGCAAUGCACUCUAAAUCUGGCAGACACUCUGAGGCUCAUGCAGGGGAUCUCGCCUCUGUACCUGCAACAAUAGGCAUGGCCUCCCUGGAAAUUGCUGGUCCAGGCAGCAGUGGGGGAGCUCAGAAGGAACAGGAACAGUCCCAAGCAGAUCCAGGUCUGGAUGCUGCAGCCACAAGUUCUGGCAGUGGGGCUCAAGCCCGACAGGAGACAUCCCAGACAGUUUCGACCAAAAAUGUGUGUGCUUUGUGA